CCAAGUCUUAAAGUAAACACCAUGAAGUGCAUGAUUGUAUUUGCCUGCUUGCUGGCUGCGGCCCUUGCCAAUGAAGAUGCCGGCGUCCUGCGCAACGAAGCAGAGGUUAAUGUGAAUAACUUCAAGUAUGCGUUAGAGCUCGACAACAGCGUUAAGGUAGAACAGCAUGGAGAACAGGAUGGGGAUGCAUGGAGGGUAGCGGGAUCGCAUAGCUGGACCUCUCCUGAGGGCGAAGGAGUGAGCAUCCAAUACGUGGCCGACGAGAAUGGCUACCAGGUGUUGAGCGCUAACCCACCUCUGCCCACUCCACCACCAAUUCCAGAGGCCAUCCAAAGGGCGCUUGCAUAUAUUGCAGCCCAUCCCCCACAGCCUGAGCACUAAAUAAUUAACUUGUUAAAAUAAUAAAUGCAUAA